AUGGAUUUUAAUCCAUCUGCUUUCCUAGUUCUUCAAUCACAAGAUCAGAAUGCUCUCGAUAGUUUAAUGAGCGAAAUUGACGAGCUCCACCAAAAUCCAAAUUUCAUUUUCGCUCUUAUUCAAUCAUUAACAUCUGAUGUAUGCAAAAACCUCUUUAUUGCCAAGCAAAUAUUGAUCCAAAUCAAAAAUUCAAUCAGACUCAAAUGGUAUGAGAAUGAUUUUUGGCCAGACGAAGCUAAAAAAGUUAUAAUUGAAAACGCUUUCCAAUUGCUCUUUGUUUUACCCAACGAAAUCCGUAAUUACAUAACAUACAUCUUUGAAGAAAUCGCUCCUCGCUAUUAUUCUUAUACAUGGUGGGUUGAAUAUUGCAUCACUUUGUUCGACCAACAUUCAGAAUUGACAGAAGUUGCUUACCUAAUGACCAUUGUCAACUUUUGGUUCAAGUCAUGCUCCGAAAGAAUUGAUUCAUAUGAAUCAGUAAUUGAUGAGAUUUCAAUACAAUUAUUCCAAAGGAUUUAUGCUUACUUUGAUACAUCAAUUGAAAACGCUUACAACAAUUGCAACUAUGCAAUUUUACUUGAUAUCAUUAUCAAAUCUCUGAGAUAUUCACUAAGUUUUUCAUAUUUAAUCCCCGAGAGUGGAAUUUUCGAUAAUAUCAUUCCAAAAGUUUGCUCAUUGCUAACAAUGUCUGAUUCAUCUAAUGAAUUUGUUACAUUGAAAGUUUCAAUCUUAAAAUUAUUAAAUACUUGCCACUCAACAUUAAUUGGCAAGCAGAAGAAAAAGAAAGCGAUAUCAAAAGAUCCUAGAAGAGUUGAAUUCGCUGCUCACUUCAGAGAAGCACUUUCUCCGAUUAUUUCACAAACAAUUCAAACAAUUCUUCCAAAUCCACAUAAUCCUGCUGUUCUCGGAAGAAUUAUUUAUACAAUAUAUCAGUUGAUAUUCUUUUCUAUCGAUACAUCAUUAAUUAAUGAGAGUUUGUUUAAUUUGAUUAUUUCUGCCUCUCAAAUUACCCCAGAUUUACUUAAAGAGCUCGAAUCCAACCCACAAUUAUUCAUUGCUCAGGAAAUGGAUUACAACCUCAUCAAGAAAUCCAUUCCUAGAAACGUAACUUUUGAAAUUAUUAACACAUUAUUAACAAAACACAACAUUGAGGGUAAUGUUAUUAUUCAAUACAUUUCUCCUGAUAUUGAAAAUGAUAAUCCUGAAGUCAUUGAUGCUAAAUUGUUCUUAAUUGGAGCUUUAGAUUAUUGUUUCAAGCAAAAAGAGUUCGAAAAAUACCAAAAAGAUCAACUCAAAGCCGAGAAGCAUCAUAAAACUAUCGGAGAAUUUGAAGUCCCUAAUGUUCUACCACCAGAAGUUGCUGAAAUUUGUGAAGCAGUUAUUGCUCAUCCAAAUUCUCCACUUUAUUUGGUUCUUACAGCUCUCCAUGUUUAUGCAAAAGUUGUAAGACAUGUUGAUCCAGAACAUGGCUGUGCUGUUGCAUUAGAAGUUAUGCAAACUGAAGUAGCUCAAUCAAAUCCACUUGUUGUUUUGUUCAGUUCCAAACUAUUUAAUACUUGUUAUAAGAGAAUUUCGGGAUCUUUCGAAUUCGACAUAACUCCAUUUGUUGAACUUGUUAUCAAUGCAGCAAUGGAACUUCCUGCUCGUGGUUUAUUCAAGUUCUUCUCCCUUUUGGUCGAAAAGAACCCUCAAUCUGUUGUUCCAUGCAUUUCUGAUGUUGUUCAAACUUUGACACCAUUUUUAGUUGAAACAAUUGGAAACGAAGACCAAUCAUGCGUUAAUACAACAGCAGAUUACAUUGUUAGCACUCUUGUUGACAUCAUGGAUUAUAUACAAGACAAUACAGAGAUUAUGACAUCUCUUCUUGAGUUGAUUUAUCCAACAAUUGUCGAAUUAGUUGCUUCGGCAAAUCCAACAUUUCCUCAUGAAGAUUUCAUAUUAAUUCUAUCAUUCUUCUCAUUAAAUAUUAAGAACCAUGAUAGAGUUUUCUAUGAAGGAUUUAUUAAUGUUUAUAAUGCCAUGAUUGCUCAUGAUGAUUUCUCUCAAAUUUUACUCAAAACAGCAACACCAAGAUUUGUUUGGUAUCUUUAUCCUUUGAUUGCUGAUCAAAACGAAUUCGCUGCUGACCAGGCAUUUUCUACUGCUGCAACAGAGUCAGCAAUGCUUCUUUAUAACUUGUUCAUACAACAUAAGAAAGAUGGAGGAUUCACAUGCGAUCCAUUACCAUAUAUUUUAUAUUUGAUGGCUGUUGUAACACAAGGAUAUGGAAUUGUUGACUCAUUUAUUCAAGUUGCUUAUGCUCAAUUAGAAAAAUUUGUGACAAAGUUCCAACAGAAGAAGAAGCCAAGAAGCAAUUGCAACAUGAGAAUUAUUGUUGCACUCGUUUAUUUGCUUUCAGCUUCAAGUCAAUACAACAUUGAAGUAUUGCAAGGAAUAGCUCAAAACGAAACAAUUUUGAACUUCUUCUUGAAUGUAAUUCCUCAUCAUGUUUUGACAACAUACAAAGAAAGCAAAGCAGGAAUAAUCCUUCUUUUGAAUUUAUUAAAGCUCGGUGUUACUCCUGCUUUCCAGGCAGCUUGUUACAUGGUUAACAGACUCUUGAAACUCAAAGAACGUGAUAAUUCUGAUGACGAAGAUGAAGAAAAUGUCGAUAAUGAAGAAAACGAUGAUGAUUCAGAUUCAUCGGAUGACUCCGAUGAUUCCGAUUCUGACGACAGUGACUCUGAUUCAGAUGACUCAGAUGAUUCCGAUUCAAGUGAUUCCGACUCUGAUUCUGAUGACGACAGUGACGAUGAUUCAGAUUCCGAUGAAGAGGAAGAGACAAAGGAUGAAUCUGACGAUGAUGAUUAUAUUGUCAGUGAUAGAAUCAUUUGUCCUUACCAUCUUCCAAUGGAAUCAAUCAAUGAAUUCGAAAUUUUCAAGUCACUAGUCGAAGAAAAUUCAGGUUUGAUAGGAUUGAUAUCAGAAGAUGAAGCUAAAGUUCUUCAUGAUCAUUUCUAA